UCUACCAUCACAAGCAUACUACAUUAAAUCUUAUUUAAAGCCGAAGUAUAGAGUAGCUUACAUUACUAACUACCCGAUAACAGAAUUGGUUGCAAUUGGCCACAGUAUCUCUGUACCGUGAGGAACGAAUUACGGAAUUGAAAUAUUGAUUGCAUAUCAGUACAAAUGUGUAUCUUUUUGCGUAGUGCCUUUAAACCUAUGGAUUUUCCAUUUAAUUUAAUAUAAUGAAACUUUCCUUCAUAUUUAUUUAUUUAAGUUUUAUGGUAUCGGCGAAAAAACAAAAAGGCAGGGCAAAAAGUUCUGAGGAAGCUGUACCUAUAGUAGAUACAGUUUUGGAUUUCAGAGGGACAGUCAGAAGGGAUUUCGCGCUGGAAGCAGCCCUCUUGGACCAUGCUCGUAAUAUGAUAUGCUCCCCAUUGUCUGUAUUGAUGCCUUUGGGGAAGUUAUUAUUAGGAGCGGAAGACGAGGCAGAAACAGAACUGUUAGCUGCAAUAGGUAUAGAUAAUCGAAAACAACUGAAACCGAUGUUCACGAAACUUAUAAAAAAUAUGCAAUAUCUGCCUGGUGUAACCCUAGACGUUGCGAGUCGAGUAUACGUUGGUACCGAAACAAAAAUCAACACGAAUUUUCUAAAGAACACCAAAUCAAUUUUUCAAUCUACUUGUAAGAAGAUGAAUACUAAGGAUCCUGAAGGUUGUGCAGCAGCAAUUAAUAAUUGGGUAUCCCUAAAAACUAAGCAAAAGAUUAGAAAUUUAAUAAAUCCGUCGGAAAUCACCAGAGACACAUCAGUGAUCCUAGUCAACGCUGUCUAUUUUGCUGGCCAAUGGAAACAAAAGUUUGAAAGAGUCCAUACUGAAGAUUUUCAUGCUCCCGCCGGCACUCGACGAAUUCCUAUGAUGACGCGGCAAGGACAGUACAAAUAUUGGAAGUGCGAGACUUUGAAUGCCCAGCUUAUAGAAAUACCUUACGAAGGCAACCAGUCUUCAAUGAUUGUGGUCCUUCCGUUUAGCAGCAGUGGUCUCCCGGUGUUACUGAGAGCAAUAAAACUGGCUCCCGAACUAUUAAACCAAGCUCUAGACAGGAUGAAGCCGUCGAGUGUUAUACUGUCGAUACCGAAAUUUAAGAUCGAAUCGGAAUUCGAUCUUACAGCUUUGUAUCAAAAGAUUGGAGUGCAAAAUAUAUUUGAUCCAGCAAACACAAAAUUAACUGGCAUUGUUAACAGGCGUAGAGUUCAUAUUUCGAAAGCGAUACAUAAAGCUGUUAUAGAAGUAAACGAAAAAGGAACAGAGGCAUCUGCCGCUACAGGGAUGCAAGUAGUCCCGUUGACAGCUUCCGUGGACAUUGAGUUUAAGGCCAGUCAUCCGUUUUUGUUCGUCAUUGUUGCUAAUAAACAGGAAUUGUUUGCGGGAUCUUUUACGAGCCAUAUUUCCAUUGUAGAUUCCCAUCAUCGAACAGAUGAUACUUCAAACCCAGACAUCAAACAUGAAAAGCCACUAGAAUUCCUAAUUAACCACCCAAACAACCCAGAAACAGACUAUUUCUUACCACCGGUAUUCAACAAUCACGAUGACAAUUUGGAAGAAGAUGAUGAAGAUGAAAACACGUACCUAGAUUAUGAUUAUGAUGGCAAAGAAAGUAAUUACAAAGACUCUCCAGAUCUGGCAACUGUCAAAACAGAUACACAUGAUGUGUCAUCCCUAGAUGAUAAGAUACCGCUGCACACAGCUAAAGAUAAUUUGCCAAUUUUUCUUUUGGAACCCGAAAACACUUAUGUAGUUAAAAAUAAGCCGGCCACUCUGAAAUGUCGAGCUGCCAAUGCGUUAAAAGUAUUCUUCAAAUGCAAUGGCAUUCAGACUCAAGCCCUGAACUUUGAGUUUGUGGACCCUCAAACAGGGGUGCGGAUCAUUGAGGGAGAGUGCAAAGUGACGCGGGAAAACGUCGAGGAGUACUUCGGAAGUGACAAGUAUCAAUGCUCUUGUUUUGCGUGGACCAGUAGAGGGCAUAUACGGAGUCAGCCGGCGACUAUUGAACUAGCUUAUAUAAAGAAGCACUUCUCAGUGGCUCCCCAAUCUCAGCUUGUCAAACAAUACACAUCAGUUACAUUCCGGUGCGAGCCCCCCCCUGCCGCCCCCUUCGUCCAGAUUUAUUGGCUCAAGAAUGGCGCGCCAGUCGUCGUCGACGAUAACGUACAGGUCUCUAAGGAAGGAGAUUUGUUCAUUAAGCAAGCCACGUUAUUGGACAUGGCGAACUACACAUGUGUCGCAGAAAAUUUAGCUGGGAAAAGGAUAUCCGAACCCGCUCUGCUGACAGUUUUCGUAAACGGUGGGUGGAGUACAUGGUCGGCUUGGGUCGACUGCUUCUGUGAUGACCAAGGAAGAGAGGGACAUUCUGGAAGAAAGAGAGAAAGGACUUGUUCAGCACCACGACCCCUGAAUGGAGGGCAGCCCUGUGUGGGACCCAAUGUACAGAAGACACAGGACUGCUUGGAUUGUGAUAUUGAUGAUUUGGACGAGUUGGCUGAUGAGUCUCCAGAUAUAAUAUUAGGUCGUUGGUCUCAGUGGUCUGAAUGGUCAAGAUGUGACGUAGACUGCCUCCGAACUAGGAGGAGACGAUGCCUCACUAUCAAUGCGUGUCGGGGUAUCGACUAUCAGGUCGCCCAGUGUCCACUCUGCAUCAGGACUUCCAAAUCUGAUAUUAUCGAUGGAUCAUCGUACUGGCCUCUUUUUAUUGCGUUAUCAAUAGCGUUCCUUAUAUUUAUAGUAGUGGUUAUUCUGGGAAUCAAAUAUUUGAAGAUUAAAAUGAAUGAAACCUCGCCUUACGUCAAACCUCCUUCAGGAUCCAAUUACUUCGGGAACGUAAUCAAAAGAACUUUGACCAAUCAACCGGACCUGACUAUACAUGAAGAGUUCCAAACUAUUGACUCCCGGAGGACGCACAGACACAUGAGCACAUCCACUAACGCGAGACACGAACAUUUAUAUGAAGUACCGCAAUUAGCUAACAGCUACAUCACGCCUAUAGACCACGAGGUAAGAACCGAAAGAAAUGGAAGCGAAAGGAAUUACGCUUGCAAGGACAGCGUCGAGUCAGACCGAUCUGACUCCAGUUGCUUUUUGAGCUGUGAGUUCUACUAUGCACUAUCGAGAGCCGGUUCGUCGUAUGGCAAUGAAAGUAUAGAAAUGUCACCAUCAUUGAAAAACAACGCAUCUGUAGAUUCAAAAUUCUUUGCAAAGAACCUAGAUGUAGCUACUUCGAAAAUCUUGUCAUCUGACGGUGAUUGGUUGAAUCUUAAUAAGUGUGGGGUUAGCUUGUUCGUCCCCGAUGGAGUUGUGGAUAAGGGCGAAGAGCUAUUCUCGAUUGAGGUCGCAGACGACGACUGGAAUAGGCCGCUGCUGCAAGAAGGUGAAACUCAACUGAGCCCGGUUAUACGGUGCGGACCCAAAAACUUUCACUUUUGUAAGGGUGUGGUUUUAUCCUUUCCACAUUGCGCAUCUUUGAAGAACACCAGCUGGCUUCUAUAUAUCCUCCAAAGGCCCGAAGAAAUCAACUCGAGGGAGUGGCGGAAAGUUUUGACUUUGGGCCAAGAAACCCCCGGUACCCCACUGUUUGCCCAAGUCGACCCUUCCAAAGUUUACCUAGUGAGCGAAUUUCUAAGCGACUUUGUUCUAGUCGGGAGGAGUUUUAGCGGUCUAGACGCGAAGCUGUUCAAACUCGCUCUGUUUAUAUCUAAACGAAUGGACGACAGUUACUAUAGUUUAAAGAUGCACGUGUUUAACGAUACACCCUACGCUUUUUAUGAUUGUUAUGAGAGUGAAAAGAGAUCGGGAAGUUUGUUACUCUGUGAACCGAAAACAUUUUAUUAUCAAGAAAAUUGUUCGGAUUUAUGUAUUAAUAUUAGGGAUGUCGGGGUAGGCUGGAAGAUACAUUCCGGAGGAAAAUAUCAGGAACUUCCUUAUUCUCAAGUUUGGAACAUGGCUGUCAGAUCUCUAAGUUGCAUAUUUGUGCUCCAACAAACAGAUUCAAUAAAUUGUUUAGAACUGAACAUUACCGUUUUUCAGAAACAAAAGCAAUCAAACUCCGUCAAUUUCAAUUUGAAAACAAAUGAUUUUAAUAUCAAUAAUAAGAGGUUUAGUUGUGCGAGCGUAGAGACUGUUAAUAUAUUAGAGAAUCCUUUCAAUUAUUCUUCACUGACCAAAAAAGAGGGGAGAUAUGACUUUGUGUAUAAGAACCACAGUUUUAGGAGUUAUUUCAACGUUGACAAUAAUUACCGGACUAAUGUGUUGACGAAGUCCGAUAGAGUGAUACUGUGUAAACUAUUGGACUCUCAGACAGCGAAAGGGAACGACUGGCGCCUGUUGGCGGAGAAAUUGAAAAUUUGCUCUUACUAUUAUUAUUUCUCGAACACUUGUUCUCCGACGGAAAACAUAUUGAAUUUAUGGUUGUGUAGGAAUAACGACGUCAACAUGCUGGUCAAUUUGUCAAGGAUAUUCAGGGAAAUGGGCAGGAUUGAUUGCGCGACAGUUGUCGAGAGGCGGUGUUUCCCAAAUUGAUGGGAACAAAGAAUUGUGAAACAAUUGUUGAGUUUGUAUGGAUCGAAAUAUUUUCUCUUCUUUUAUAAAGGAAAUGUUUAGAGGAAAUACUAGAAAGCUUUAUUUUGUCGAUUGUAUGAAUCUCUAUAUUUCUACUCCCUUUGAAGAUUGUUUACUUUGUAUAUUGUUUCAGUUCGUUAAAGAACUUAACAGAAUAAUGAAUUGAAGUCCUUCUUCAACCGUCAGUAUAGCUUCUAUUAUAUAUUAAGUCUAGUUUUUUACAAAUUAUGUUGUUCAUAUCUCCUUUCAACAUAGAUCGCUGUUUUCAAUAUUUUCACUUGUAAGCAAAUUUUCACUUUUAGUCGUGCAAAUCUAGUAUCGUUUUAAUCAGUAUUAUCUUAGAAAUGCUUAAUAUUUUACUAAAGAGUAUGUUUGAAAAACAUUAUUAGUUGUAUAUAAAUAAAUAUUAAUGAACCAAAUAGAUACUGUAAUGUUUAGAUAAGAAAAUUGAGUAGUGAUUUCAAGUUUUUGAAUUAAAGUAAACAUUUGGAAAUAUUUUUGUAC